AACCAUUAUCCAUUGUUGCCGAUUGCAGUAGAUUCACAUUUUCCAGGAAAGUGUCCAUCGUUUCGGUCUUUCCAGCCUAGCACUGAUAUGUCCGUUUGUUUUUAAUGGAAUGUCACAAAACGAGAAACGUUUUAUAAAAGCUUUUCGCUCUUAUCAAUGUUACGGCCAAACUUCCAUUAGUAGGCUGAAUGCCUCGGCCAACUUUUCUUUUUGUACACAUCUUUAUCUGGGUUGCGUCUUAUGCUGCAAAAACACUUGAUUUGCUCCCAGGGGAUCAAUGAAGUGCUAUUUUUAAGCAAUGACGAUCUAGUGACAAAGAAAAGUGGCUCACGUCAUUGGAUGCUGCAAGAUGGAAGAUAUGCUCAGGCCGCUUCAUGUCCGUGCGUGAUAAACAAGCUCGAACUUUUUGCAUUUGGGCUUUGUACUUUAAAUGUAUCGUGUAUUAUGCUCUUGAUGAAUUUGUGUUUUAUUUCAAAUGGUAAUGUUGACCAUUUUACAGUAGUGAAGGUCAGGGUUGUUUUUUUUAGGGUCUUUCAGAUUUUCCAUAAAUUAUUUAAUGCAAGGUAAAUGAAAUUUAGGGUAAAGGCUACUAAUGAAAAGUUCAAAUAGAAUACUUAGCUGCAAUGUCACUUAAGGGAAAUGUAGCCACGGUAUUUACGAUUAAAUGUCUCCCAAACUGACUGGUUAGCACAUCUGGAUCACGGUACAGACUAAGUUGUGGGUUCGAAUCCGGGCUUUGGCCUCCCUGUAUGGAAUUUGCAUGUUUUCUGUGUGUGUGUGUGUUUUUUUUCUGGGUGAUCCAGUGUUCUUCUAUAUUCCAAAAAACAUGCAUAGGACACUCUAAUUUGUCCGUAAGUGUGAUUGUGAGUGUGAAUUGUUGUUCGUCAAGAUAUGCCCUGCAACCAGGUUAGGGUGUACCCCGCCUACUGCCCGAAGACCGCUAUGACAGGCUCCAGCAUGCCCGCGACCCUCCUGAGGGUAAGCGGUGUGAAUAAUGAAUGUAUGGCUAGCUUUACUGCAUUUUUGGAAUUAUAGUGGUCACGUGUUCUCAUGCACAGCCAAUUUCGAUUUUUAAAUGCCACUCCACUUCCUCUAUCUUAUUCUCCUGCACUUCAAACACUUUGUGUGGGGGGAAAAAAGGCCCAUUGCUUCCAUUGUUAAUUGCUCCUUUUCAGCUCAACACAGAAGUGAAGGCACGAAGAAGAAAAAGAAGAUGAGUGGAGGACAAUGGGGUCCCAUUGCUUCGCUCACACAAAGCAGAAUGCGCUGGCUGAAAAGAAUUGGAUAGCAGGGCGCUCGCAGGCUGAUUGUGGUCCAUUGUAAGGGGCCUGAGGUCGCUGAUUGGUUCAAGGGAAGCACCAUAACUACAAGCAGUUUAUAUUCAUUCAGCUUGGUCAAGUACCCCCCAAAUGCAGGCUGGAGGCUGCAGGACAGAGCCGCAUCCACAAAGCAGAGAUUUUUCAAGAUGGACUACCAUUUUUAACAUAGACUGAUUCCACAACAAAUGUUUACAAAUACAAAAGCGUUAGAUGAAAUGGCAAAUGCAGACAGCGAAGUGAGAACGUUGCUGAAUUUCGUAAACCUGGCGUCCAGCGACAUCAAGGCGGCCUUGGAUAAGUCGGCCCCGUGCAGACGCUCGGUGGACCACAGGAAGUACCUGCAGAAACAGCUCAAGCGCUUCUCUCAGAAAUACUCCCGAGUGCCAAGAUGUCACCCGCUCAGGUCUGCUCAGUGUGCCAAGCCCGUUGCGGAUCUGCAUGUUCCACAAGGGCCGGAAAAGGGUGGCGGCAGCGUUGGCUGCGUGCAAACAAGCGCAGACAAAGUGGGGGGCUCUGUGGAGCAGGUGCCCAUGAGGAAACGCCAGCUCCCGGCCUCUUUUUGGGAGGAACCCAAGAUGAGCAAAACGGAGCACUCCCACUCAGGACUGAGAAAGAAUCACAGCGCGUUGUCGGAGACACGAGAACACAGGAAGGGAGGUCAAGAUGAGGAUGCCAAGGUCAAGGAGGCGCUGAGAUUGGAGCGGAACUCUCACCACGGCUUGAGCGUGUGCGCCUGCUGCCCUUUCCAGUUCCAACAGCAGCACCAGCAGCCGAUUCUGCACGGUCACGUGGUGGUGCCCCAUCCAGCUCUCGGACUGUGGUGCAAGGCCGACCCCGAGCGACUAGAACAGCCGCGUGGACAGAAGAUUCAUACUCACGUGGUGGUCAAACCCAUACCCACCAAGCCCUCCAUCCCGUCCCCUAUUUUCAGCGUGUUUGGCUUCAUUUAAAACGCAAACAAGACUAAUUAUCUUCAUCUCAGCAAUCAAUGAUGAGACUCUUCCUCAAGCACUUAAUGGAAUACUUGGGUUUAUUUUUGUUCACUCCUAGAGGACUAAAAGGCACUUCUUCAUUCUCUCUUUCUCAGAUCCCAGACAGUAAGUUGACAGGUUUCUAUUUUUAGAACUUUUUAAAGACAUCUAAAAAAAAAAUAAAAAAAUUCAAGGUCGCUUUCAUUUUAUGAGAAUAGAUAUAAAUAUAAGGAGUAAAAUUGAUUUUCUUAGUGAUAGAGCCGCUUUCUUUU